AUGCCGCCGAACGACACCACCCAGGAAGACGUCGCCCAGCAGCGGCCGCUCUUGGCCGACCCUCACGAGGAGUACGGCGCCACCGAAGGCGGCCCGGACCGCGCCGUCCUGCCCCCCGAAGUCAUCGCCGACGAGCGCGGCGCCGGCACCUUCACCCGCAACCUCGGCGCCGUCGAGGCCUUCGCCAUCGUCAUCAGCAUCGUCAUCGGCAGCGGCGUCUUCACCUCCCCGGGCUCCAUCGACACCAACGUCCCCUCCCCCGGCGCCGCCCUCGUCGUCUGGCUCGUCGGUGGCGUCCUCGCCUGGACGGGUGCCGCCUCCAUGGCCGAGCUGGGCACCGCCAUCCCCGGCGAGGGCGGCGUCCAGCCCUUCCUGCGCUACAUCUACGGCGACGUCUUUGGGUUUCUGGCCGCCUGGACCUGGAUCGUCGCCGUCAUGCCCGCCACCCUCGCCAUUUUGUCGAUUGUCUUCGUCGAGAGCAUCUACUCCGCCGGCGGCGUGACCGACCAGGCCGGUGCCCUCUCGCACAAGCUGUUUUCCAUUCUCAUCCUCAUCGUGAUGAACGGCGCCAACUCCAUCAGCACCAAGGCCAGCACCCGCCUCAACAAUCUGUUCGUGGUGACGAAGUUCGUCAGCAUCGCCGCUGUCGUCGUUGCUGGUCUCGUCGUGGUUAUCACCCAGGCGGCAGACCACGACCGCGACAUUGGCGGCCGCGACUGGUUCACCAAGCCCUGGUUCGAGAGCCGCAAGACGGUCCUCCCCGGCGGCGAGGAGAUUGACUGGACCAAGGUUGGCGCGUGGGACAUGCUCGGGUUCUACUCGGCUGCUCUCUACGGCGCCUUGUGGGCGUACUCUGGCUGGGACAAGGCCAUCUACGUCACGGCUGAGCUGCAGCAGCCCGCCCGCCAGCUCCCUCUCGCCAUCAACUCCGCCGUACCGACAAUCAUCCUGUGCUUCCUCGCCGCCAACGCAGCCUACUACAUCCUGCUGCCCUGGUCCGUCGUCUCAACCACAGACAGCGUCGCCGUCACCGCAAUCAACCGCCUUCUCGGCCCCGCCUUCGGCAUCCUCGCCGCCGUCCUCAUCUGCCUCGUCGUCGCCGGCUCCCUCCUCGGCAACUCCUUCGUUGCAGGCCGCAUGACCGUCGCCGCCGCCAACUUCAACUGGCUGCCCAAGUUCCUCGGCGCCGUCGGCCGCCUGAGCAUCACCUCCGACGCCCUCGCCUCCCCGGCCGACUCUUCCGACGGCGAGUCCCCGGCCAAGGAAAAGUCCGACGCGCCCCUCAACGCGCUGCUGCUCUCGACCGUCCUCUCGGCGCUGUACAUCCUCUUCGGCAACUUCCGCGCCCUGCUCACGUUCAACGGCCUCGGGGAGUACACCUUCUUCUUCCUGACCGUGCUCGGCGCCGUGGUGCUGCGCGUGCGCGAGCCCAAGAUGCGACGGCCGUAUAAGCCGUUUGUGCUCAUCCCUGUUGUGUUUGCGCUUGUGAGCGGGUUUGUUGUUGUGCGUGGUGCUAUUUUCGCACCGGUGCAGGCUGUCAUUUUGAUCGUGCUGUGGUUGGUGGGGUUGGGAUUCUACUGGGCUAGACGGAAGUACGCUGCUAGAAGUGCGAGGACUGAGUAG